GACGACAGGUUGUUCUACACCGCGCAGCAAAUUCACACUGCUCGAGAGUUGGCCGAGUCCGCCGGACACUCGGAACUGGUCGGCCUACUGGACUCUGCUUCGAGCUACCGCCGCGAUAUCGGCCACUUGCAUGCCGCCGUGACCAAGGCCGACAUGGCCGUGUUAUCGAGGCUCGUCGGCAAGCGGAAGGUGAUUUUGGGUAAGCUGUGACUCUCUGGGGCGGCACAGUUAACUGGCGUCGAAGGUGCCUCUCGUACAUACCCCCGGUCUCACCCAACUGAGGCAAAACCAGGUCAACAGGACCCAUUUUCCCCUCGCCUCGGUAUUGCCGAUCUUACGACUGUUACUUUGACAUGA